AUGGUUGCAGCAGUUUCAUCUACUUUGAGAUCAUUGGACUCAGACGAAAUGAAAAAGGGACAACGGCAAACCCCAGAAGCGAUUGGUUUAGAUUGCAGAGAAGUCCUCCUGCCUCUACUCCUGAUCCAAAAGCUGGUGAUUGUACAGAUAUUGCUUAUAGUUACUUCAAUGAUAGGCGCUACUCACCUCACGAUGGGAGUGUUCAAUACUAAGAAUGAUAGUAAUGAGUUUUUGGACAAGGUUCAGCUCCCAGCAUUGGGUGGUGAAGAUGCUAGCACAGCACAACCAACAACCACAAAGAAAGCAACGACUGGAGCCCCAUCAGCAACCACUGCUCCGACAACCACAGCGCAACCAAGAACCCCAGAAAAACUAACAACUUCUGCUCCACCAACAACAACUGCUCCAGCAACCACAGCACAAACAAUAACCACAGAAGAAGCGACAACCACUGCUCAAGCAACCACAGCGCAGCCAAUAACCACAGAAAAAUCAACAACCACUACUCCAACAACCGCAGCAAAAUCAACAAAACCAACAAGUACUGCACCAACAACCACAGCACAACCAACAAUCACAGAAAAUCCAUCGACUACUGCUCCACCAACAACUACUGCACCAACAACCACUACACAACCAAAAACCACAGGAAAUCCGACAACUACUGUUCCACCAACAACCACUGCACCAACAACCACAGCACAACCAACAACCACAGCACAACCAACAACCACAGCACAACCAACAACCACAGCACAACCAACAACCACAGCACAACCAACAACCACAGCACAACCAACAACCACAGCACAACCAACAACCACAGCACAACCAACAACCACAAAAAAUCCAACAACUACUGUUCCAUCAACAACCAUUGCUCCAACAACCUAAACAACCUCUUGAGAAGGAGAGAGAAAUGAGUUGCCAAAGAAAGAACGCCAAUUUUGCUCACUUUUGACAGGGUCAUUUCUGAGCUUAUUAUUUUUUUCCUUUUUUUUUGUUUUAAGAUUCUUUCAUUGUCAUUAUUCAAUGACGUAAGUUUUUUUUAGAAGCCCGGGGCCAACUUUAACUGAACGACUAUUCGGCAAUGGGCGAUACGAUCUCUGACCGGACAGAAUGUGUUCUUGGUGAACACAGCGUAUUUCGAUCUCGGUGGAUAUUUGGAAUACACCAUACAGGUGUUUUGAGGUCGUAAAAGAAAGUUGGAAUGCUACGCUUGUAAGUGAUAUAUACGAUCCGUAAAGGCGCUGAAUACUUGGAUUUUCUGGUUGAUAAUGGUGACAUGAAACGAAAAUAAUGUGUUUGAAAAAUAUUUGAUAUAGAUAGGAAGGUGUCGGUAGUUUGGCGUUUAGAGGCGCUUUAAAUUAGUGAAAAAUUACGCUAGUUUUUAUAAAAAACCGCAUGAAUUUAACUCGUGUCUUGAAAGACACCAUGACACCAAAUAAAAAAAUUAAAAUGAGUAAAGUGAACUAGGUACCAUUUGAGGAAGAAUUUGGUUAAAAAGAGACUGGGUCAAAAUGUUUGCCGAAAGAUAUCGAAUUCUUUCCUGGAAAAUGCCUUUUAAUUCAAAAAAUAUACAGAUAGAUUCGAAUCAGCUUUGUAAAUAUUGAUAAACUUUUAAUUCUGAUAUAUCUCAACUGUAUUAGACUUCUUCAUUUACGUCAAUAGGAUCAUUUAAUUUUUUCCUCUAUUAUUUUUACUGGUAAUAUGUGGCUUUGUCCAUUGUCAUUAUGCAUAGCACAAUCAGUGUGAUCUCUAUGCAUUUAUAUAGAGAUGUAAAACUUAUUCGUUUGUUAGGGAAAGAAGAAAAACGUCAUGGAGUGUUAAUGACAGAUUUAAAUAAUUAAUAAAGUAUUCUCUUUCA